AGUUAGCAAUGUAAACGCAAACCAGUAAAUGAGGCACUAACAAAACUACAAGUUUAACUAUUCAGAGAGAUUCUGCGAACACCAGGAUGAUAUGCCGAAGGAGCUCAAACAGCAGCAAAAUCUCUUCAUCAAAAAGUCUUUGAAUAGACAUCUAGGAGUCGGAGGACCAUCAACCAGUGACCACUCAGAGAAUUCCAGAACAUCAACUCCAACAGUUUCUGAGGAUGAAUCAGGAGCUAAGACGAGUAGUCGUGGAUCUGACCAAGUGGACACUGAGCACCGACAAACACCACCCUCCAGGCCUCCACAUGGAGCUUCAACACCACCAACUAGACCUCCACAUGUAGCUUCAACACCGCCCACUAGACCCCCACAUGUAGCUUCAGCACCGCCCACUAGACCUCCACAUGUAGCUUCAGCACCGCCCACUAGACCUCCACACGGCACGUCAGUAGAUGUGGCAGCUGACGAGCGGGCUGCGCGGUUGAAGGCCGAACAGUUCCAACAAGCGCUGAACGACUCGGCCAACGAGGCAGAGUCCUCCUCUGUCAGUACUUCUUCGGAUGGUCGUGACAGCAGAACGAGCGGGGAUUUCAAAACUAGCAAACGGCCGAUGAAAAACAAGAGAGAUCACCCGGGAAGAGGAGGGUUCUCUCACAGAGGUGGUUACAGAGGUGGUAAAUUUGACAGGAGAGAUACUGGAAGGAUGGGACACGGACACUUCCCUAGAGGGCCUCGUCCAAUGAACAUGAUACCGUUCCAGCAUCGUCCACCUCCCCCAAACUUUCACAUGCUGGAGCAACUUUCUCAGUCACCCAGAGACAGCGCCUUCAUACCCAGCCCAAGAAGAACGCCACGCCACUCCGAGAGCAGUUCUUGUGGUUCACCUCGACUCUACUCCGGAGCAGGACAAACUCCUCCCCAAUCUCCCCGACACUUCUACGAGAGCCCAAUCCACAGUCCACUACGUCACCACAUUUCUCCUUACAGCUCCCCUCCUCGACACCCUGCUUCUCCCAUUCCUAGGAUGAUGCAUCCUGCUGAGCACAUGAUGCAGCCUCACCCUGCUCACGCUAUGAUGGGUCGCCAGCAUCCCAUGCCCGCCAUCCCUGUACCGAUACCUAAUCAACAGGAAGUAGGAUCCUUCUCAGGAACCCCGCCCCCUCACUUCCAUCCUAUGAACAGUCCACAUAUGAGACCUAUGACUCCAGAACAGCAGCAUCAUAUGAUGGCAGCAAUGCAACAUCGGGCUGUAGAUCAACAGCAACAACAACAGCAGCAACAACAACAGGUGCAACAAAUGGAGCAACAGCAGAUGGUUCAGCAGAUGAAAAUGAAACAAACCCAGGAUAUGGCUCAAAUGUUCCAGCAGAUGCAAAAGAUGCAGAUGCAAGGUCAAAAUAUGACCUUGACACCUGAUCAAAUCGCCCAGUUUAUGCAGUAUUGCACAUUGGCGAACCAACAGGUCAUGGCGAACCAGGGUCUAAGCAUGAUUCCAGGUGGUCAGAACAUGGUGGCACCUCCUUGGAUGCAGCAAGGAGCUCAACAACAAGAAAUGAUGAUGAAUUCUGUAUCUCAAUCGGGCGCCGAGCUACCUCCUCAGAUGAUGCAUCAACUACCGAUGGGACAGCAUGUUCACCCCAUGUUCUUAGCACAACAGCAGGCUCAAAUGCAGAGCUUUAUGGCUGGACAACAGCUCUCUGAUCAGCCAACUCAACCACUUACUGGUCAGCGGCUACCUGGUCAACCGGUUCAUGGUCUGAUGCCUGGAGGUCUUUCAGCUCAGCACUUCAUGCAAGGCCAGCUACAAAGUCAACAGAUCAUGAUACCAAGACCAAUACAUCCAGAGAUGGGCAACAUUUCAAACAUAACCCCUCCUCAGAACACACCCUUAUUAGAUCCUGCACUUGGUAUACCACCACGACAGUUUGGUAUCAACAUACCGGCUCCCGCUGCCGUUACCACUCAACCUCAUCUUGCUCCAGUCUCCGAUGUUAGAGUUCCCUCUCCCAGUUUACAACUGGAGGACUCUUCUGCAAUUGAGAGCUCAGCUACUGAACCUGUCUCUACAACUUCCAGUGUGACAUCCCAAGAUGCUUUCCAAGCCAGUGCUCCGCCCAUCGCCACCACUAAGAGCACCGAGGUACCAGCUCCCAGCUCCGAAGCUGUACCACCGCCAGCUGCUAAAACCUCCUCUGCUUCUGAGACUCCAGUAAAGCAAACUAAAACACCAGGGCUUAUUCGGCUGCCACCUCAACUACCAACAGAAGAGGACCUGUUAAAGUCACCAGACGCUGCUGGGACCCCGGUUAACAUGAAGAAGAACUAUUGGCAGAACCGCCAAAAGUCAAGUGAGUCAGGAGAAAAGAAGGCUCUACCUAAAACUGAGCAGAUAAAAGAAGAGCCGGAGACAACAGAACCUCCUCCUGUGCUGGUGAGCGAGCCGGAAAAGGUGAGAUUACCCUCUAGCUCUCCCGAGCCAGCUGAUAUACCGCUUCCUGCUGAGAAACCAGUUCCUCCAGAAACUCCCAAGAAGAAGUCGGACAAGCAGAUAAAACCCAGAGGCUUCAACUUGAGUGAUCUGGGGGAUCUGGUGACUAAAACGGUCACUCACAACAACAACAUCCCCAAGACAGACAUCAGAGCAGCUGCAGAUAGUGGUAGUGUGGAGGUUGUCCUGAAUCAGGGGUACAGGAGGACACAUUCGCCCUGUCCAGCUAGAGCUGUGGACACACGGGAAAAGGGCGACACCUGGCGUCCGCUAACUAAAGCUAAACCUGAGCCGGAGCCGACUAGCACAUGGCGGGCAGCUCAGGACAAUCCUGCAAGCUCCUCUAAUCCUGCAAGCUCUUCUAACACUGCCAGCGCUUCUAACACUGCCAGCUCCUCUGCUAGCACUUUCAAGGUUCUGGAAGAGGAUCCUGAGAGAACAAAGGCCCUCCAGGAAGCAGAGGCGAUGAACUUAAAAACAGGGCAUCAGAUUCAAUAUGCUAUCGAGAAGUUGCAGAAGGAGUCCAGGAUUAAGUCCGUAUCUGAAUCUUCAUCGAAAAGUGUGAUAGAGGAUGUGGCGGGGGAGGAGGCGUGGUACGACGAAGAAGACGAGGACAGGAUCGACUGCUUCGAUCUUACCAUCUGACCCUAGAAGACAAUCUUAAAUCUUGAAUAAUGCUACAAUUUGCAAAAAAUCAAAUCAAAUGUGUGGGUUGGUUGGUUAAGGACGUGUUAUGAUAGUGGUACAUAGUAUGUCAUGCGAUUAGCUUAUAUUUUGGGCAUAUAUAUGCAUGUCACGUGGCAUAUCGUGCUCCCGGUUUAAUCUGACUUUGAUAGAAUAUACAAUAUAUGUUUUUAUAUUUGAUGUGUCUGAUACGGGGUAACCCGACCCCCUAACGGCUUGAUAAUUGCCCCUAGAUAUGAGAACUUUUGAUCAGUCACCGUUAUAUUAGGCAACCCUCAUUAUAUAUUACAGCUGACAGCUGCACCUGUUUUUUCUCAGGCUGGGGAAGAAUUUAGAUUAUCUUGAUAGUGUGGCAAUAAUUGUUACAACAUAAAAUUUAUCCAAUCUGUCCAGUCUAUCUCAGAAUACAUUUGAUUGUUUAGAAUUUAGGUUUUCCUACCCUGGAGCGUUCCUACCUUGAUGGUGUAUAAACUAUUCUUUUAUUAAAAAUCUUUGAUUUAUUGAUAUUUUAAAUGUCCCAAUACUUUGCUAAAUUUAUAUAAGUCCAGUCCAGCAGAGCAUAUAUAUCUUUGUACUUUUAUAUGAAGUUGAACAACUGUGCAAUUUCACAAGAGGUCUUGAUUAAUGACGCAGUUGGUAGGUCUUACAGAGAUGUGUCCUCGUUGUACUUCUAUACAUCGGACUGUAAAACUAUUCAGUUAAUAAGCUUCAUUCUUGACAGGAAGACAAAUCAUGGCUUCUCAAUUCGCAACUUUUGACCCAAAUGUACUUUCAAGUUAGUUAACAAUUACAAGUUAAUUAAUAAUUACAAGUUAAUUAACAAUUACAAGUUAAUUAACAGUUGGCCAGUUCUCUAAACACCAUUCUCUACAUAUUAUUUGUGCUCUAUAUGAAUUAUUAAUGCUGUGCCUGCGAUAGUAGUAAAAUAUAACUUUAAAACUAAUUUGUAUUAAUAUAAAUGUCUCUCAUCUGUCUAGUAUUUAAGAUUAGAUUAGCCUAGAAUUUAAUUUAAUUGAGGAUGUGUCAGCUGAUGAUGUUUGUCGUAGUGCACUGUGAUGUUUUCCCCGUCUUAAUUUUCUUUAGGAUGUUUUAAUCUUGGCUUUCCUUUCGAUACA